AUGUUCAUAAUCACAGAAUAAUAACAUAUACUGUUGUAAAAAUUGGAAUAAAUACAAAAUGAAGAUAAAUAAAGAUCUAUCAACUACUAAAAUAGACCUCUAAGACCCUCACUUUUUUUAAAUGAUAUUAAUAGUAUAGUCAAUAAUUCUGUGCUUUCUAAUUAAUAAUAAAAAAAUGAUUAACUAGAAGAUUUGCAUAUUAAACUUAUAGAUAAUGAAUAGAUAUCAACUGAAAGAAAAUAUAUUAAACUUCCUAAAAUUGGAAGAUUUUCUAAUAUUUAGAAAUCAACUGUAGUGAAAUAAGUUUUGUCUCAUUAAAACUCUCCUAUUAGAAUAAAUUAAGAUUCAUAGUAAUUAAAUAAAAAAUAUUCUUCAAAAACACCGAUAAGAAAUAUAAGAACACCAGGUUUUCAAGGAAAUUCAAAUGUCAGUACACUCUUUUUUAAAGGAAAUUCAAAAAGUAAGAAAAAGGUUGUUUAAUUCAAUCCAGAAAUUAAAACAAUUAAUGAAGCAGGGUUAAUUUGUAAAGAAUAUAUAGAAAACAAUUAAAGAAGAUUUAAAAGACAUAAUUUUAAACUUCAUACACAAGUAAAUUGA